AGGCUCAGAGGCAGUGAGUGGGGUUGAGAUUUCUGUCCUGCCUGGGGACUUCAUGUUAGGAUGGCUGGAAAGUUGCUGGCUCUGAGCAUUGUUCUGGUGAUUGUAUCUCUGUUGACUGCACAGGGCCAGGAAGAACCUGAUCUGAAUAUCCAAAUACUGCCCUCAGACACAGGCACAUGCAAAAGGCCCUGGUGGGACACAAGACUCCAGCUGACACCAGACCAGGAAUAUUACGAGAAAAAUAAAGAAGUGAUGCUGAGCUGCACUGAAGGUUUCCAGCCAACCUUCACCCAUGUCAAAUGUGGGAGUGAAGUCCAGUCCAUUAGCCACGGAAAACCUGUGUACAGAGAAGUUUGGCUUGGAAGGGACAGCAGAGGUGUCUGGAUCCGGAUUCGGUCCAUAGUGGAGUGCAUUGACAUCUUUCAGGUUGUUCCUGGGACCUUGGAGAUUUCCAGCACCAGCAUCAAACUGAACUGGACCUGCAGACUCCCUGACACCUGCAAACACAUGGAGGCAAAGUGUCGGCUGGAAGAGUCUUCCUCCCCUCCAUGUGAGGCUGAGAAAGUGAAAGGAGUGGAGAUACUACACGGCCAGGAGGGAACAUUUACCUGCCCCCCUCUGCAGCCCUUCACUACAUACAGUGUCACCAUCUCCCUGCCACCUAACACAACCCUGUACUCGUGGUUGGUCAGGACUGAGGAAACAGUGCCAGACAAACCAGAGAGCUUGUGGCUGGAUCCCAGCAGGGGGUCCAUCAGGUGGAAGGCACUGUCCUCCUGCAAAGGGGAGAUCAUCGGAUACCAGGUACCUGGGACCCAGGGACCCCCUGCAGGCCCCCCUACCCUGUCAGGUGCCUGUGCCCUGUGCUCUCUGCCUGAAGCCUGGGGCAGUGGGGGAGGGAAAGCCAUGAUGACCUCCUGUUCCCAGCCAGCCAGAGUGAAUAUCUGGCUGUGAUGAACGUGAACAUUUUCUCUCUCACCCUUGACAUUCCCUGUGCUGUGGAGCUGCUGA